AUGUCUCCAAAAGACUUUUUCAUAAAGUACUUGAACUUUCAACGGAAAAAGAAACAAGAAGAAACCGACAAGUCCAAACCAGCAGCAGCACCUGUCAAAUCCACUCCAAACAGCAUACCAGAUGUUGUUGAACAACUUCAAAAGAGACCUGUAAACAGACCCAAAUCUACCCGUCCUUGGUCUACUUAUACCAGUCCCCAAGCUGCCAACGACGGAGGGACCUACCUCCUAGGGAACCCUUACGGAGGGUCUUCAACCACUGGGGCUCACCAUGACCAUGGCCAUAAGGAUGGAGACCAUUGGGGAUGGUCAGGCGUAGAAAACGGUGCAGGCGGUUCUCAUCAUGAUAGUGGAGGAAGCAGUGGCGAUCACAGCAGUGGAGGAUGUAGCAGUGGUGAUAGUGGUGGAGGAGGAGGAGAUUGCGGCGGUGGAGGUGGCGGCGGAGGAGAUUGA